AUGAUGCGGAUUGGCGAAUGCCGCAUUAAUUUUCAUCAGAAUUUUCUGUUAGUAUAUAUGACAGUGUUGCGCAACUUCCAUGGAGAAACUGACGUAUUUAUGUUCGUCAUAUUCUGGAAUAUCAUAAAUCACCAAAUUGCGUUAUUCAAACCAACUCAAUUGAUUUAAAUCGAUUGGUAGAAGAUCCACAAUUUUUUUUUCAAAUUCAAGAAUAUAUUUACCACAAUUUUGAUUUUUUUUUCACCAAGAAACGGACGCACUCCGAUCCAAACAAUAUUAUUACCUUGAACGAUCUAAUUAUUAUGCUGUAUAUGACCUUCACAAUGUAAGUUCAUGCUUUUUUCUCGACUGUACGAUAUAAUUCAGUUUUUAUUAGUGCAUGCAGGAAAGAACGCGGGUUACGUCCCUGAGAGGAUCGUCCAAACCAACAUAAAUCCGAGCAAUGAAAUAAGCCACUUUCGUCUUGCAAUUCAGCUAGGAAAAUCGACCAUUCCGUGCUGAUACAACAAAACGAUAGUUCCGUCGUUGGCAGUUUUAGAAUGGCGAAUGAAACUUCAAAGCCAAUCGAGGAUAUUUAAUCGUUAGUUUGAUAUGAUUCGAGAGGCUACCAGUCCCAAUGAUAACGUUGGAAUGAUCAUUUUUCACUGACGUGGUGGCAUUUCAACGUACGAUGGGGAUGAAUGCCAUAAUGGCUUUUGUAUGGCAGUUUAUCGAUUAUUCCAGGGACGUUAUACGUUUCAUGAAUGUUUUAUCGGCAGUGCUAAGGGUGAGAGAAUAUGCGGAGGAUAAGGGUGAUGUGGAAAGGUGGCAAAUAGGCUCUAGGCUUCAUCCUGACAAUCUUCUAAAUCUCGGGCGUCAGUAUAAAAUCCGAAAGUAAUUACCAUGGGACCGUUUUUUCGAGACAAUCUCCAAUGAUUACCCUGGUCCCGUACAAAGGCCUAUCGCGAUUAAACAGCCAAUCUAACACUCAGCAUUGAUUCAGCGUUGCCAGCAAUGAUUGGAGAUAGGGUGGAUGUGAAGUAGGGAAAAAAAGGGUGGAAAAAAUCCAGCGAAACCAGUGAAAACGUCCGAGAGGACUCUGGAUGAUUGUUGCACAUGGGGCCAGGUGUGUUACAGAAACGAGACAGGGCUUUGACGCUCAACUGGGAGAAUUAACGGCCGUCGGAAAUCCGGAUACUAUGAAUGCCUCCGAGAUGACUGAAGCACAGUGAGGGGAGGAGUGAGGGGGGUGAGAUCACCGGCCACAUUUAAAACCAAGUAGAGAAGAUCUGAAUUUGAACGUGGCGGGAGGGGAGAAAACCGGGGGAUGGAGACCAACAACGGAACGGAUAAUACUGGUCUCAAUGUCACUGAGGCAAAUCGCACAACAACACCUGUUUUCAGCAUUGGCUCAGAUUUCAUGACAAAAUGGAGAGUGACACAGCUGCAGAAACAACCGAAACAGGUCUGUCGUUAUGUUUACGAUCUUCUUAGUGCUGAAUGCACUCAACUCAAUGGCUCCUGGAUUGAUCCGAACGACCCACGCAUGUUCAGCGGUGAAUACAAUGAGCUACUUCCCGAGUGGGCUGCUAGUAAUUUUAGCAAUAUCUCCAAUUCAUCGGGUGUAGAGAAAGCCUGGACUACCGAUGAGAACGCUCCGCCCUUUGAGAUGUGGCAGACGGUAUUGAUAGCCCUAGGUCUGGCGUCAUGCAUUGUCCUAACAAUUGGUGGUAAUAUUUUGGUACUAUUGGCCUUUAUCGUCGACAGAACCAUCAGGCAACCGAGCAACUAUUUCAUUGCCUCGUUAGCUGCAACUGACAUGCUUAUCGGCACUGUGUCUAUGCCCUUCUACACCGUCUACGUACUGAUGGGUUCGUGGGAUCUGGGUCCAUUGCUCUGUGACCUAUGGCUCUCUGUGGACUAUACAGUAUGUCUUGUAUCACAGUACACCGUCCUUUUAAUCACCAUAGAUCGUUUUUGCUCCGUCAAAAUAGCAGCUAAGUACAGGGGCUGGAGAACCAAAAAUCGUGUGAUAUGGAUGGUGACGAUAACGUGGAUUAUUCCAGCACUUUUAUUUUUUAUCAGUAUAUUCGGUUGGGAGCACUUUGUUGGCUACAGAAAUCUCAAGCCGAAUGAGUGUGCGGUACAGUUCUUGAAGGAUCCAGUAUUCAACACUGCCCUCAUCAUUGGUUACUAUUGGACCACUCUCGUGGUCCUCUUCAUCCUUUAUGGUGGUAUCUAUAAAACUGCGUAUGAUAUGCAGAAGAAGAGCGAAGCGAAGCAGAGGAAAAUGCAGUCAAUGGUGGCACUGAGUGCUGGUGCCAUGUCAGGAAUGGCUGGCCGGGCAGCUGGAAUUGGAAUCUCUAAGACUCAGAGUACAAUCCUCAGCCAGGACAAGCCUAAGAGUAUUGGAGGCGGAACACUUGGGGCUGAAGGUAACCCUGAGGGCCAAGAAGAUGACAACAAAGAUGGAACAGAUACUUUGAAUGCGAGGAAAUCCUCUUCACAAUUGUCACAGAGUAAAGACUCCUCCAACAAACCAACUUCGAAUAAUACCACUCAGUCGGAGAUGGAAAAAUCUGAACGUUCAAGCAGCCCAGCUUUUGAUUCCGAUGAUGAAAGUACAGCAGGUGCUGUCACAUCUUCCCAACAGGCUGCCAACUUGAGAAAAAAAUCAUCAGUAGCAGGGCUGAUGGUACAGGCCGGUGCUCUUCAUGCAUUCGCCACUAAUGGGAAGAUGAAUGGCAUCGUCCCGGUGAAGGUAGAAAUGAAUCCUCUGAUAAGGAAACCCUCACCAACAACACUGGACCCUUCAGCAGCACUAAAAACUCAGACACUGCCGAAGAUCCAGGAGAAUAGUAUUGUCGAGACUGAGAAUCUUCUUGAGCACUCUAUCGAGCACGACAAAUCCAGCAGUACUUUAACGCCAGAGCAGUCCCUUCGAUCUAACGUCGUUGAGGUGAAUCGGUGCGUUGGGCUCAUCGAGGAAACACCUCCCUCAGAAGCGAAGAACAAAAGCACAUCAUCAGGCAGUCAACAGAUAAUUAUCUCUCCUCCAACACAAUUCAGAGGUAGUUCACCAGCAUCCGACAGCCAAACAUCAACAGGAUCGUCGACCGACAGACCAAAAUCGUUGUCAACGGGUGGCCCAGGUACGUACGACAUAUUGACUGGUCUGGAUGGUGCAGAUUUGCGAUACAUGGACGAAAGUUCUGUGAUCGUACCAAGUCCAUCCUUCGAAAGUCCACCAUCAUCCUUUUCCUGUAGUCUUGCUAAUCCUCUAUCAACAGCUCCAUCAUCACCAUUACUGGGACACACUGGUACCUCAGCAGCUAACACCAGUUUGCUACAAGCUGCCCUUAUAAGAGCAACACAACAGCAAACUGGUACAAUCCAACCAUCCAAUUAUCCUCAAUUCAUAAAUGCAUCCUGUCAAACUCAUCCACCACGUGUUUUUGCCACACACCAUACCAAUGCCUCAUCACAAACUUCCCCCAUAGUGAGCAAGGUGAACACCGAGGUCACUGUUAAGGAGGAUACAAAACAGCAACCCGUUACCACUGUUGUCAAUACACCAAUUGGAUCAUCCAACAGCACAACGACUGAUCUGAAAACGAACAAUCCGCCACAAUUUUCAUCAUCGAGUAGUGCUGCACCAACUGUGGUUUCGGCAGCUGCUGUAUCCUCGACAACUGAUCCUAAGAGACAGUCGAAGAAGGAGGAUGAGCAGGAGGGAGGUGGUGGCUCUAGGCGAGACUUUGUCAAAUCAAUUGGAAAGAGAUUAAAAGCUAAAACAGCUAAGAAAGAUCUGAUGUUUGGCCGACAAAAAUCGAGGACAGAAAAUCGUGCACGUAAGGCUUUCCGUACUAUUUCUUUUAUCUUGGGAGCUUUCGUUGCCUGUUGGACGCCCUAUCAUGUUAUGGCAUUGGUCGAGGGAUUCUGCACCCAUCGACCAUGUACCAAUGAGCAUCUCUACAUGUUUUCAUAUUUUCUCUGCUAUGCCAACAGCCCUAUGAAUCCUUUCUGCUAUGCUUUGGCUAAUCAACAAUUCAAAAAGACAUUCACAAGAAUACUCAAGGGGGAUUUUCACAUGACGUAAGACAUUAGUUUCAUCCUUUUGUAAAUGAGUGAGCCACACGUCAAAAAAAAUAUUGGGGGAAAAUUUUACUAAACACUCUUUUUGGCACAAUAAUCAAAGAAUAUCGUACAUUGGGAGUAUGGUGUAUGGACAAUAAUUUAGUGAAGUCUUUUUAUUAUUGUAGUUUUGUAGGUAAAUCAUGAGUAAUCUGGUUUCAUUAAGAGCAACAGAACACAAUAUGUUCGAUGAUUCAGCUUGUAAAUAUAAACGAGGUAAGAACGAGUGAAAUAUGUUUCAAGACCUAAAAUCAAAGGUGUACAUAAUGUAUAUGUAAUGUGUGUAUAUUUGUUUAUCGAUUAAAGCGCCAAAGGACGCGCUAUUACCUAACACUGCAACCGUUAAUACCAAUGAUUAAAUCGAUAAUACUUGUAUCCCAUAAUGCUUUGUAAUUUAGAAAUAAUAGGCAUGUAAUAUUUAACGUAAAACCUUCAUGAUUAUAGUAAUAUUUAACAUAACUGUAAAUUACUUGUAUAAUAGAGCCAUCGAGCUUCAUCAAUGAAGCUCGUUACGAAAGACGAAAAGUGAAAUAGACAUUUUGUGAAUGCAUUAACAUCUAAGCGUUUGUUAAUGUUGUGAGAGAAACAAUAAUAUCUUCAAAUUUUAUCGACACUUUCUCAUAAAAAUCAUUGAGAUUAUCACGGAUUUGGUGUUGGUGGAUUAGUGAAAUCCGAAAUCUUGGUCUGUAUGCACUGCCGGUUGUGGCCUACCUCGAAAAGGCCUUUCUCUUCAUCAAACAAACGAAUUUCCGAAAUCCGAGAUGAUCUCGACGACGUGUGAGAGAAAAAAAAAAUAACAAGUUAAACAGAUGAUUAAAAGAAGGAAUACGGACAGACCCUAUUGUUUACACACUGUGCCACACGUAGGUGUCAUCGAGGAUCAAUAUACGGUAUGUAACCCAGUCGCUGCUCCAUUCUUUUGUGCAUUUGUGAUAACAGUAGGUGGGUGAAGAAAGCAUUCGACAAAUGCAAACUGUUCAAGCCUGGAUGGGUAAGUGUUGAAGGGCUGUGGAUGAGCGCCUCGCCGGUUCUGAGCCCCAUGACGGCCAGGCCCUCACAAUAAUCUCUUUCACACACUCCCAUCGUGGUUGAGUCCUCUACACACAACAACUUUUACGCUUAACGUCUCACUCCAACGGGUGAAAAAUCGAUAAUAGAUGUAGAGCAGUAAUGGACCGUGUAUCACUGUCCCAUCCUUCUCUUCAUUUACCUUUUGUGGAAUAAAAAUGCUUAUAAUCGUAUUAUGCUGUUUCAAUGAUAUUGGCAGACACGUCCAAUAUGCAGAAGUGAUUACUAGCUUGAUCAGUUUCUUGUUGUUUUCCUUCGCUGGUCGAAGUAUCUCACUUUACAUUCCCUUACUAUUUAUUUUUCAAUUUAUUGGUCUGAGAUGUCCAUUAAUGUAGACCAUGUCAUGUAGAAUGAUUCAUUUGGGAAAAUGUCAAUUGAAUCGAUCAACAAUUGUUAUCGACUCUAUUGUAAAUAUCGGUAGGCCUGUAGUGGAAUGAUGUGCAAGUUGUUAUAUUAAAGGUAUCAAGUUGUUUAGACUUAUUAUAUGCUGUAGGGGGUGUAGAGUUAUCAGAUUUAUUGAUUAGAGCUCGUAGUUGUAGGCAGUUUGUAACUCGCGACUGCGGCGAAGCACCAUGAUGAGCCUAUAGGUAAUGGGUAUAAUGUCAUUUUGUUAUGAUUUAUGGUUAUUGGAGGAAACUAGCGUGGAUAAUUAUUGAGAGAGACGGGACAUUAAGGGCUAUCAUUUUUUAUCUCCAACUCUACCUCAUUAAUCGAAAACAAAAGUAUAAAGUAUGUGCAGCCAUGUUAUCUUCUUCAUUCAAUAAAAAUGAAAACUAAAAAACAGGAGAUAUUUAAGUUCAUAUGGAAAAUGUAUAGGAGAGAACGAACGUUUGGUUCCUAAUUCGAUAGCUAUUGGUUAACAUAAAACGCAGAAAUUAUCGGAAUACAUGUGUAUGCAUAUGUAAGACUGGUGGUGUUAAUUCGCUAUCUGGCGUUCAUUGGCCUAAAUCAUUGAAAUUUAUGAUGCUUCCACGCUUCACUCUGCGUAGCCAUGUCACCACGAUAAUUAAUACAAUGAGAGUAUGUACAGUACUGAAACGUAUGUAGAUUGAUAAAAAGAGUUAAUCAUAGUAAGAAAAUUAUGAUAAACAAUCGACGAAGUCGAUUAAUGAAAUGGACAAUGACUAUGAAAAAUAUCUAUGUAACUAGAAAUAUGUGUAAAUAAUUGAGAAAAGGAUACUAAAAAUGCAUCAGACAAUGUUUUGUGCGCGCUUUGCCCGACAAUCUCAUGAGAUGCAUAUAAACAUAGAGCAAUUAUUAAUAAUAAAUACAACCAUUUCAUGUGAUCGGGAGUACUCUGGGAUUCUUGUAUGAUUUUUUUCCGCGCUGAGGAUGGAUAAUAAGCCACGUUCAAAGUAGCAUAAGCUCCAAUAUUAUUCAUACUUGUUCAUGAUGUAGUCAUUGUUUUUCAUUUGUAAUGCAUCGCAGGAUUAAAGUGUUAUAUACUUAGAGAAUUCGGAAAUGUACGUGAUGAGGAAACAAUAAAGUAAUAUGUGAUGGAGUAAAAUUGAAAUGUCAGUAUUGAGAAGUGUUUUCUUUUCUAUUUACAUACCCGGGAGGUCGCAUUUUUUGUAUCAUAUGUUUCAUAGCAAAUCUUUAAGAAUAGAUACACUAAGAUGAGCGUGAUUAACAACAUCUAUUUUCGAGCUGAAUUGCCAGUGUAUGGGAUGGUUUUGAAACGAAUUUUGUCUA